CGUGCUGGCGGCCAAUCAUAUUCUCCCAGAUCACGGCAAAUGAACAGGAAGAAAAGAUGGCGGCUAGAAACGGGAAGAGUGGCAUUUUGGAAAAAUGGAGGAUCGAUGAGAAGCCCGUGAAAGUGGACAAGUGGGAUGGCGCAGCUGUGAAGAACUCCCUUGAUGAUGCAGCUAAGAAGGUACUCUUGGAGAAGUACGGCUACGUGGAGAACUUCAGCCUGGUGGACGGCCGUCUCUUCAUCUGCACCAUCUCCUGCCUUUUUGCCAUCGUAGCUUUAAUCUGGGACUACCUCCAUCCGUUCCCCGAGUCCAAGCCAGUCCUGGCAUGCUGUGUUAUAUCAUACUUCAUCAUGAUGGGUAUCCUCACCCUCUACACCUCCUACCAAGAGAAGAAUAUCUUCCUCGUCUCCCUUCAAAAAGACCCUGCCGGGAUGGACCCGGACGAUGUCUGGCAACUUUCCUCCCGUCUCAAAAGAUUUGAUGACCAGUACACCCUCAGAGUCAGUUUCACGGAUGGAAAGACCAGACAAACUCGAGAGGCGGAGUUCACCAAGUCUGUGGGGGCGUUCUUUGACGAAAACGGCACGCUGUCCAUGAACCAGUAUGAGAAGGCUGUGUCAAAGCUCCACGACAGCUUGGCGUCGGAGAAGAAAACCAAGUAAUGCGCAGAGGAGUAAGGAGAGGAGUUUGUGGCGUAACGCUACCGGUGCCAGCCUAGUCCUUAUAACCCAGCGCUCCACCGUCGCUGUGGAUCAUUGUACAGGGAUGUUGAUGGGCCAGACCUGGGCUGACUGCGUCUUGUGUCUGUGUCCGGGGUUGGCUGUGAGCUAUUACAUUUACAUAUGUCUGCCUCUGUGCUUUGUUUUUCUUUUGUUUUGUUUUUGUUUUAUGUUAUUUUGUUUUUUUUGCAUCCCAAUGCUCUUGUUUCUACACUGGUCCAGUAAAGUGCUCCAUCAGACAGGGAUCACAAAUCUCAAAUUCUGUUAAUAUUAAAAAAAAAACUCUUUAGGUACCUUGCUACCACCAACUGGCCCGCUCCUUUGUACCCCUAUGUUACAGGCUGUUGAAGAGGGGCUUCAGGUGGUCUUGGAGGGAGGCUCCAUAUGUUUUACAGCACUCAUCAUGUCUGUCUGCAUUUGGGCAGAUCACAUGCUUUGUUUUUGCUCCGGACGCUUUGUUUUUUUGUUUUUUUUUCAUCUGUGUUGAAGCACUUUGGCUUAUUUAAGCACACAGAUAUCAGCUAUUUCAGAGUUAUAAUUGUUUGUUUUCUUUAUAUUUUACACAAGUGGACACAAUGCCUUAUAAAAAGAGAGUUGAAUGAAUGUCUGGAAAUGUCUCUCGUCCUCUCUCAUCACACACUUUUUAAUCUUAACAUCCAAACUGCAUUCUUUUGUCCCCCUUGAGAGCCUUACACAAUUCAUCUGUACUUUUUCUUUCUUCCGAUGCUUCAUUUCUGUUGCUUUUUGUCUACUCUUCAGGCUCUCAAAAGCUUAAAGGUAAACAACAAUCUGGGACCAUAUUCUGUCCCCCAACUUGUAUUGCUCCCAUGCCUCUUUUGAUGAUGUACAUAGUGGGUUUUUCAGAGAUCCACCACUUCAAAGCAGGGAUAAUUAUUUGGUGUUUAUUUUUGACACCAAGGAGAUGAAAAGUGAUCAGUUGAACUCACUGGACAUUAAGUCAUUCGGCCCUUCCCCCCCUGGAAAGGAAAUUCCCAGCAGAGGGUCUCUCAGUAUUGUCUUGGUUUCAGUUGUACCACCAUGUCAUCACCACAAUUUAACUUAUUCUAUAACGGUUGGAUUUAAAGACACUUGGAUUACUGUUCAAUUCCCUCCUUGUAUUAUAAACUUCACCUGUCACCGACCAUAUGCAUCUUUGCAAAUAUUUUUUUCUGUUUGUAGAUCUCAAGAUACCUUCUAGCUAUAUACCUUUUAUUGUGCGUGCCAGUUACCCCUUCCCCCUUCAAAAAAAAGUAUAAAAAAUAAAGUGAAAAAAAGGUCAUUUUUA